AUGUUCAAGAAUUCUUUUCAAAGUGGAUUUCUGUCAAUUUUGUACAGUAUAGGCAGCAAACCUCUUCAGAUUUGGGAUAAAAAUGUUCAAAAUGGACAUAUUAAAAGGGUGACAGACAAUGAUAUCCAGUCAUUGGUUUUAGAAAUAAUAGGCACGAAUGUUAGCACAACAUAUAUAUCCUGCCCUAACGAAUCAGGCAAGACACUGGGUAUCAAGCUGCCAUUUCUUGUGAUGAUAGUAAAAAAUCUUAAGAAAUAUUUUACUUUCGAGGUGCAGAUAGUCGAUGAUAAAAAUGUGCGUCGACGCUUUCGAGCUAGCAAUUAUCAGAGCACCACUCGCGUGAAGCCGUUUAUCUGCACCAUGCCGAUGCGACUGGAUGAAGGAUGGAACCAGAUUCAGUUCAAUCUGUCCGACUUCACCCGGCGCGCAUAUGGAACAAACUAUGUCGAAACAUUGCGCGUGCAGAUUCACGCCAAUUGUAGAAUAAGAAGAGUCUAUUUCAGUGAUCGUCUCUAUUCGGAGGAAGAGCUGCCGGCAGAAUUCAAGCUUUACCUUCCAAUUAAGAACAAACCGACUGCUUCAGUGUCCUAA